GGAGCAGACGUAGCUUGGACUCGUCGAGAGUAAUUUAGACCUACAGUCUACCAAAGCAACCGCCCCCCAAACAAAAUAAAAAUAAAAAUACAAAGCUAUAAAAAAAGGAGAGAGAGAAAACUGAACUGACCAUUUUGGACUCCAGAGGGUGACAACGAUUGAGAGAGAGAGAGAGCGAAUCGAAGCUUUCAUUCUCAGCUGGAUUGAGUGGAGGUUUGCUGUUUUUCUCUGGAUUUCUCGUCUCUAACGGGUGUAUGCAUGUCUGCUGAAGUUCAGUGCUGAUGUGAAACAGCUUCUUUUUAACAUCUGAAGGGUUACUUGAGUACUGAAGAAGGGUUUAAAUUCUAUUGAUAAUUGUUUGACUAGACUAGACCUUCUGAGUGUGAACUGUGACGUGAAAUCUAAUAUGCAUAUGCAGUUUUAAAUGCACGCAACAGAAAUUAAUAAUAUAUUGGAAUUAAAGUGGUGAUGCAUCCUGUGCUCAUAUGUAGAUAUCUUUGCUGCUGUAUUCUGUCAGGAUAUCUUUAUAUGUAUGUUUUAUCUUAUAGUUCAGAACAUUAUGGAGAUGAGAUUACUGAAUCAGGAAGCCGAUUGCAUGAGCGCUCUAGAUCAUUUCUAAGAAAUGGGUUUGAAAGCAGAGUCUCCACCUUUGUUGAAAGAUGGAAUGAUUCGGUUUCUUGUGAGGACCUGGAAGGAGUUGGAUCAUUUGACACCACCUGUUUGUUGAAUUCAAACUUGCAUUUGAAUUCUGAUCUUCACAUAAUUGGAAUGGGAAACUUAGAGAUACUUCCUCAUGUUUUGAUUACGUGUCCCAUAGAGGGCUGUUCAAUAAGUUUCACUAUUUCUGGCAAUAUCAAACUGGGUCAAGACGCAUCCAUUUUUGCUGGCUCUGUAGUUUUUUCUGCCGCCAAUCUGACUAUGGAAAACAAUUCUGCCAUAAACACAUCAUCCUUGGGUGGAACCCCACCUUCUCAAACAAGCGGUACACCAGUUGGCUAUGAUGGAGCAGGUGGAGGACAUGGUGGCCGGGGUGCUUCUUGUUUGAAAAAUAAUAGGACUAAUUUUUGGGGUGGUGAUGUUUAUGCUUGGUCCACUUUGUCUGAGCCUUGGAGUUAUGGAAGUAAGGGUGGUGGCACUUCUGCUGAAAAUCAGUUUGGAGGGAAUGGUGGGGGACGAGUUAUGCUUUUAGUGAAGGACAUGCUAUAUACUAAUGGAUCUGUAACUGCAGAGGGAGGGGAUGGAGGUGUUAAAGGGGGAGGGGGAUCUGGUGGAAGUAUUAUCAUACAUGCUCCAAAGCUGAAGGGAUAUGGUACAAUAAGCGCAGCAGGUGGGAGGGGAUAUGGCGGAGGUGGAGGUGGAAGAAUAUCACUGGAUUGUUACAGCCUACAAGAAGAUGUUGAAGUCACCGUGCAUGGUGGUUUGAGUAUUGGCUGUCCUGGGAAUGCUGGUGCAGCGGGUACUUACUUCGAUGCGAAACUGCUGAGUUUGAGAGUUGGCAAUGAUAAUGUCAUGACAGAAACAGAGACUCCUUUGCUAGAUAUUCCUACUAGCCCACUGUGGUCUAAUAUUUUUGUGGAGAAUAAUGCAAAAGUUUUGGUUCCUCUGCUUUGGACCAGAGUUCAGGUGAGAGGCCAAAUCAGUCUACUUUGUGGGGGUAGCAUUAUAUUUGGAUUGUCAGAUUAUCCAAUCUCAGAAUUUGAGCUUGUCGCUGAAGAACUUUUGAUGAGUGAUUCCAUCAUAAAGGUUUGUGGUGCACUCAGAGUGGCAGUCAAAAUGUUACUUAUGUGGAACUCCAAAAUACAAAUUGAUGGUGGGGAAAAGACAUUCGUUACUACUUCAGUCCUUGAAGUUAGGAAUCUUGUUGUUCUAAGGGAAAACUCCGUCAUCAGUUCAAAUACAAACUUGGGCGUGUAUGGUCAAGGACUUCUAAAGUUGACAGGUCAUGGAGAUGCAAUAAAAGGCCAACGACUUUCCUUGGCACUAUUUUAUAACAUAACUGUUGGGCCCGGUUCCAUACUUCAGGCUCCACUGGAUGAUGAUGCUAGUAAAAGCAUGGUAACGAAGUCGCACUGUGAAAGUCAGUCAUGCCCAAUGGACUUAAUAACUCCUCCAGAUGAUUGUCAUGUUAAUAGUACACUUUCAUUUUCUCUUCAAAUUUGUCGAGUGGAGGACAUUCUUGUAAAUGGCCUUAUCAAAGGAAGUAUUAUUCACAUCCACAGGGCUAGGACUGUCAUUGUUGAUACAGAUGGCAUGAUAAGUGCAUCAGAAUUAGGUUGCAGAAAAGGUAUUGGUAGGGGAAACUAUUCUAAUGGAGCUGGUGGUGGUGCUGGGCAUGGGGGAAGAGGGGGCUCAGGAGUUUUCAACGGAAGGGUGAGUGAAGGUGGUAAUAAAUAUGGAAAUGCUGAUCUUCCUUGUGAGUUGGGGAGUGGAACUGGGGGCCCUAAUGAGUCGUUUGGCCAUGUGGCUGGAGGGGGGAUCAUUGUGAUGGGAUCCAUUCAAUGGCCGCUUCUAAGGCUUGAUACGUAUGGAUUUCUGAGGGCUGAUGGUCAAAGUUAUGGUAAUGCAAGAAAAAACAGUAAUGAUACUUUGAUUGGAGGCCUUGGGGGAGGUUCAGGUGGGACAAUUCUUCUGUUUCUUCAGUCACUUACCCUUGCAGAGAGCUCAUCCUUAUCUGUUAUUGGUGGCACUGGUGGACCUCAUGGUGGCGGUGGCGGCGGUGGGAGAAUUCAUUUUCAUUGGUCUGAAAUAGAUGUGAGUGAUGAAUAUGUUCCGGUUGCAACUAUAAAUGGUACCAUCAACAGUAGUGGAGGUGCUGGGGAUAAUGGUGGUCUUUAUGGAGAGGAGGGCACUGUUACAGGAAAGAAAUGCCCGAUGGGCCUCUAUGGCACAUUCUGCAAUGAAUGCCCUAUUGGUACUUACAAAGAUAUUGAUGGCUCUGAUGCAAGUCUUUGCAUUCCUUGUCCUCUUGAGCUUCUCCCCAGUCGUGCAGAUUUUAUAUAUGUUCGAGGGGGAGUUAGCCAGCCAUCUUGUCCUUACAAAUGUAUUUCCGACAAAUAUAAGAUGCCAAAUUGCUAUACACCUCUUGAGGAACUUGUGUAUACAUUUGGAGGGCCUUUGCCUUUUGCAUUUCUGUUGUCCUGCAUUCUGGUGCUCCUAGCUCUAUUAUUGAGUACUUUUCGAAUUAAAUUGGUAGGAUCAGGUGGUUCUUACCAUAAUGCAAAUUCAAUUGGACAUCAUAGUCAUCACCAUUUUCCAUAUCUUCUCUCACUAUCAGAGGUGCGGGGAGCCAGGGUUGAAGAAACUCACAGCCAUGUUUACAGAAUGUACUUCAUGGGCCCUAAUACCUUCAGGGAACCAUGGCAUCUUCCUUACUCUCCUCCAAACGCAAUUAUUGAGAUUGUCUAUGAAGAUGCAUUCAACAGAUUCAUUGAUGAGAUUAACUCCGUUGCUGCAUAUGAUUGGUGGGAAGGAUCAGUGCACAGCAUUCUCUCAGUGCUUGCAUAUCCAUGUGCCUGGUCCUGGAAGCAAUGGCGUCGUAGGAAUAAAAUUCAUCGCCUUCAGGAAUAUGUCAAGUCUGAAUAUGAUCAUUCAUGCCUUCGCUCUUGCCGCUCACGAGCUCUAUACAAAGGGAUGAAGGUUGGAGCAACGCCAGAUUUGAUGGUUGCUUACAUUGAUUUCUUCCUUGGUGGAGAUGAAAAACGUUUAGACAUGGCAUCCAUUAUCCAGAAGAGAUUUCCCAUGUGUAUAAUUUUUGGUGGGGAUGGAAGCUAUAUGUCACCUUACAAUCUUCACAGUGACACAUUGUUGACAAGUCUUCUUGGCCAGCAUGUACCCCCAACUGUCUGGAAUCGUUUUGUGGCUGGUUUAAAUGCUCAAUUACGAACAGUGAGGCAUGGGUCUAUCCGUUCUGCACUCAUCCCCAUUAUUGAUUGGCUUGGUAGUCAUGGUAAUCCCCAGCUGGAGUUCCAUGGGGUGAAAAUUGAGCUUGGAUGGUUCCAGGCCACGGCUUCUGGUUACUAUCAACUUGGUAUCUUGGUAGCUGUUGGUGAUUAUUUUCUUCCAAAUGUGCACCAGCCUGAAUUGCUGGAUAGAAGAGAUGAUGAAUGUGCAAGGAGAAAUGCUGCAGUUACACAUAAAAGCGUUGGGCAACAACACCAGAGUCAGCUGAGUGUGAGUCAUGCAUUAUCUCGUAAAAGGAUAACUGGAGGAAUUAAUGGAGGUCUUAUAAAUGAUGCUACCUUGAAGUCUCUGGAUUUUAGAAGGGACUUUCUCUUUCCACUAUCUCUCCUACUACACAAUACAAGGCCCGUUGGCCGUCAGGAUACCCUGCUGUUGCUGAUUUCUGUCAUACUUUUGGCAGAUCUUUCUGUCACCCUCCUUACAUUCCUUCAGUUCUAUUGGAUUUCUCUUGGGGCUUUUCUUGCUGUCUUGCUUAUCCUUCCUCUAUCCUUGCUUUCUCCCUUCCCAGCAGGCUUGAAUGCUUUAUUCAGCAAAGGACCUAGAAGAGCAUCACUUGCUCGUAUAUAUGCACUGUGGAAUGCUACUUCCCUGUCAAACAUUGCUGUUGCUUACAUCUGUGGCAUGUUAAAAUAUGGAUUGACCUACUUCCAACCUCUUCAGAAGGAAAAUAUGUGGAACACUAGAAGGGAGGAUGAUAAGUGGUGGCUGUUGCCAACCAUUCUUCUUCUAUUCAAGUCAAUACAAGCUCGUUUUGUCGAUUGGCACAUAGCAAAUUUGGAAGUUCAGGAUUUUUCCCUAUUCUCUUCGGAUCCGGAUACUUUCUGGGCUUAUGAGCCUAGCACAUGACAGAAUAAUCAGGGGCUUUUAAAGGAAUCGACAAAUCAUGGCUUCUUUAUGCUGCCAAAAGGAUGAUGGAAGGGGGCAGAGCUUCUGUUAGAAUGCGGAAGCAGCUCCUUUUCCCUGUAAAUAUGUUCAAAUUUGUAUAAAAGCAUUUAUAUGGUUGUGCAGUUUUCUUUCUUGGGAUUGAGAGAGUUUAUUUGAAAAAGACAAGACGGGAAGUGCAGAAAUUUAUUGCAGAUUGUUGUUGAAGUAACUCCUGCCAAAAAGAUGUACUGUUUUUGUUAGGGUUCAAGAAGAAUGGGCGUGAUAGGAUUUUUGAAAAUGUAAUGUACUCAAAUUACCCAAAUAGUGGCAUUAUAAGUCAAUUUAUUGUCCUUGAUAUUUUCUUCCAA